AUGUUGCACGUUUAUAACGACCUCGUAUCAAUCAUUGGAAUUUUGAUCAUUAUCUACAUUUCUCAUUUUUAUUUUAAAUACUUUACUCGCGAAAAUCCCCUCCCUGGCCCAAUACCACUUCCUUUAGUCGGUAAUAUUUUUCUACUACGUGAAGAUAUUGGGGAAUGGCCAAAUCGACUUCAAAAAAUAUAUGGAGAUUUUUAUGAAACUUAUGUAGGUCCCCGAAGAAUAGUAUGGCUUUGUGGAGAAGAUUUGAUUCACAAAAUAGUGGAUUCAUCGUCGCACAGUAACUUUCAUGAAUUAACGGCUCCAGAUAACGAGGGCCUUAAAGAAGUUGAAUUGUUGAACUCUGGAGUUAUUUUUAAUUUAAACUAUAAAAGCUGGGAAUUCUAUCGAAGGUUUUAUUCGAGAUCAAUACUUAAGCCGUCUUUUAUUAUUCAAGCCACCGAUAGCAUUCAGGAAGUGUUUAAUGAGAUGGAUAAUUACUGGGAACAGCUCGGGGAGGAUUUCAUAUUGGACUUUCCCUUCUGGACCAAAAGAUUUUUUUUAGAUACUAUAUUUCUUAUUGCCACAAGUAAACCCGCAUAUUCAUUGGCUAGCUAUUAUAAUAGUGUGUCACCGGAUAAAAAGGUGCAUGUGUCUGAAAAUAAUCUAAAGGAAAGCGACACUUUCAUACUGGGUAUUAAUGCCUUUGUUACAAGCCUUAUAUACUUUCUAAUGCUUCCAAAGUAUCUAAGAGAGUUUCCAGGACUUAGAAGCUUCACACGUGACUUGAAGGAAAGGUUAAACUGGUUGAGGAAUAAUGUUCGUGGUAUUAUCAAAGAGAGAAGAGAAGAGAUUGAAAGAACUCCCGAAAAUCAGGAGUUAACACAUGAUAUAUUAACAAUGUUUCUAACGAUCAAUACUUCAC